UAUCGGUAAAUAGUCAACAGUAUCCUCUUUCACAUCAGAGACAUCUAUAAAUAUUUGUAAAAGUAAAACUGCCUUCUGUCUUUUGGUACCGUACGAAGUAUAGAAAGCGGAAUCGAAUAAAAUCGAUGAGCCCGCCUCAGUGUUUCUAUUCUCCAAUAAACGCAGAGCGCUGUGCUCAUUAUUUCUCUUCUAAGGAACAUUAUAAUUUAAUCAUUUUCUCCAUAAAUAAAUGUCCCAGGAGUUUGCAAAUUUCUCACUUUGUAAACUUCAUCAAUACCCAUUUAUCCUAAUCAAAAUAUAGCUUUCGGGACACCAGUAAUUCGUUAAAACAUAAGUCCCCGAACUGUAGCGGGCAUCUGUCGCUCCAAGUUUUGCAGUCGACUGACCACCAUUUAUACCUACUCUUUCUUGAACGUCAUCAACUCUUGAUAAUGGAGUACUCGUAUUUAGGACAAAAUUCUUUCGAUGCCGGUAACUGUACCCUUCCUGGAAUGGAGAAUCCUCUAGCAGGAUGUAAUAUCCCCUGCACCUACGGGGACAGUAACCCCUUCGGCCAGAUGGCUGCCCAGGGAUACCGCUACAAUGGGGUGCGGAGUUUCCCACCAAACCCUAGCAUAAGUUCUGCAAGCUGUAGCAUGAUGCCUCGCCCGCGUGAUCACCCACAACCUCCUGUUUUCCCAACUGGCACAAGUCCAUGGCUUGGACAAUCUGAAAGUUUUACAAAGGGAUUGUCUUAUAAGAUGUAUCAACAUGACACUGGAAUAAGUCCUGAGAAACGUAAACAGCGGCGAAUCAGAACCACGUUUACCAGCGCACAGCUGAAGGAAUUGGAAAAGGCAUUCGCCGAGACUCAUUAUCCUGACAUCUACACGAGGGAGGAGAUUGCCAUGAAAACAGACCUCACAGAAGCCAGAGUACAGGUCUGGUUUCAAAAUCGUCGAGCAAAAUUCCGGAAAAUGGAAAGAGCCAAGCAGCAACAGCAACAAAGUCAGUCAAGUUCCUCAGUUAAACAGGAACCCAGCAACACCAGUGGAGGCAGCAACACAAGCAACAACAACAAUACAAGCAACUCUAACAACAACAACAAUAACAACACAUGCAAAGACAAAGUCAUCAAGUCAGAAGAGGCUCAAACUAAACCUCAGACAGAGGGAUCAAAAUGGCAUUCUACUGUAUCGAGUGGAAAAGUGACGCCAUCUUUAUCCAACGCUCCAUCACUUCCGGGACCGUACUCCAGUGUGCUAAAUUCACAUGGGCACGAAUUUCAUCAUACCUCAUCAUUGGAAAAGGGCGUUUCUCUUGCUGGAGGAAUUUUUUAAUGCUGUAUUACAAAAAUACUAAAAUGUAUUACAUGCGAUUUUAAAUAACAAUAGAAUUAUUGACUUGGACAUGCAUUCUAUCUGCGUCUUCCUUUUAAAAUUGCAUUUUUCCUCUUCCUUUUCUGACAUUGCACACUAAAUUACACGUUUGCAAUACUCAAGAUUGUGAAGUAGAUUACAAAUAUUAAUAAGACAGUAUUAUAUAUGAACAAUAUCCAACCUUGUGCAGUGAAUUGUUCUACGUGUAUCUAUUUGAUUGUCAUUGAUCAUAUGUACUUAUUUCAUUGUAAAUAAAUGGUUGUCCAUUA